AUGCACAAGUGUGUAGACAGACCAGAUGGCUGGCAGGAAAACGGAGAGGUGGUACGUACCUACUGUAGGUAUUACGGAUCUGGAUGGUUCACAGUGAUCCUAAAGGAUACUGUAGUCACUGAAAGAGAUCUUACGUCUGCUGCACCACUCAACCCGGAACAAGCUUAUGCUUCCCAACUCGAACAGCUUCAAUCGAUGGGAUUCUCGGAUCGUGCGAGAAAUUUGGCGGCGCUGACCGCAACUCUCGGCGAUCUCAACGGAGCCGUCGAACGUCUUCUCAACUCUCCAUAA